UGUAGACGCCAGCUUUUCCCGGUGCAGCCGAGCAGAAAUGUUUGUACGCAGAUGCUGUCAUGAUGCAGCCUUUGUUGUUUGUUAAUAUACAUUUAAUUGAAAAUAUUCCUAAUUUUUAAGGCGUGUAGAUGAUAGGCAAUGAAGCUAACACGGAAACUUGUUCUUGCUAAGGCUAAGGCCUCCGACUUGGAAAGUGUGAAGAAACUAAACUGCUGGGGUUGCAACCUAACUGACUUGUAUAAAUGUAUGUCGUUUCAGAUUUCUAUCUUCUCUCAGAUGCCCAGUAUUGAAGUCUUGACUCUCAGUGUGAACAACAUCUCGUCUUUAUCUCCCUUGGCUGGCUGUCUGUCUCUAAGUGAGCUCUACCUGAGGAGGAACAUGAUUCCUACACUGUCAGAGCUGUGCCAUCUGCGCCCCCUGACACGUCUCAGAGUGCUCUGGUUAGCUGAGAACCCCUGUUGUGGGACUGACCCGAGCCGGUAUCGGCUAACCGUGUUGCGAUGCCUGCCUCGACUCCAGAAGCUCGACAAUCAAGUGGUAACAGAGGAUGAGAUCGCGCUUGCUCUUGUGGAAGGUGACGAGGUCAGCACACCUACUAGCAGCAUCCAAAGCCAGCUUCCCAACAAUGGCCUUCUGGACACAGAGACAGAGAACGAUCCACUUAACUACAACAUGGAGGAGACCAACAAAAUCAGGAAAGAGUUGGGAAUGAAGCCCCUCUCGAGAGACAAAUUCUCCUCUCCAUCUUCUCCCUCCACCGUGGAGAAACCAACAAUGAAAAAGACCCACAUCCUGGAUGCGGUUCUGCUUCUCUUGAGUGACCUGGAUGAAGAGGAGCUCCAGGUCGUGCACACAGCCACACAGAACAGGCUGCAGACCUACACACUGGAUUCAGGAGAUGGUCAGAGAUCGCCAGCUCAGAAAACCGCAGACAUCCAGCACUAACGAUAUCCACAGCAUGAACUCAGAGACCAAUAUCCCACUCCCAACACCAAUCUCAGGAUUCCAAGACCCACACGUCGUCCCCUGGUACCGUCUGCUUGUGUAUGUGCAUGAUUUAAUUUCUCAUUCUUGUGGCCAAAGAUUCCCCGAACAUCAAGAGAUUUGAUUGCUUUCAUUGUUUAGCUGCAUGCCUAAACGCCUUGCAAGAAUAAAAGAAUGAAUGUGUUUAACGUGUAGCUCUAUUUUGAAAUUAAAGACAGUAUCCAGCAAUAAUUUAA